AUGCUACAUCUUCUCAUCGUAGCCGCGAACUACGCUCCUCAGUACUCAGCGUUACUCACUAUUCUCGUCCAGUGGGCAUGCGAUAGGAGUUGUGAAGAGGCCAUGACAAGCCAGCCUAACGUCGGAGUUGCGCUAGCACAGCCACGUAAUGCAUCUCGCCCCAUAACUGCGAUGUCCCGAGAUCACCACAUGCAGCAAGACGAGGCCCUCCCGCCAUACUUUCUACGCGUCGCUCCUGUCCUAUUCCAUCGCCGGUAUCUUAGCUUUUCCAAUCGAGCAACGAUCCUGGUGACGGAGAACGGGUUGAUUGUCAGCGUUGAAGAUGCGCGCACACUUGUUGGCACUGCAUACAUUUUUAAAGAUAUAUUCGAAGAAUACGCCUUUCAUCCGGAGCCACCAGUCGCGCCACAGCCUCGCGUUCAGCCUGCUCGUGCAAACAAAUCCAAGCCUCGAUCUCAGAAGAAAAAGAAAGGAAAGGGCAAGGCGAAAGCAAAUAAUCAGUCAGCUUCAGAGACUGAAUCAGAGACCGAGUCUUCUUCUGAGGAAGACGAUCAACUUAUGGAUUCAGAUUGGAAAGAAGGAGCUGAAGAUGGCGAAGGAAGAAAACAGACACGGGAGGACGACGACGCACCUCCGAGCACCGCAUUCGAGAUUCCACUCAACACUGUCCUUGAGUGCUUGAAUAUUUUUGGGACUGUUGGGGCAAGCGCGACCAAUGUUUCGUCUGGCGGUGGAUCUGGAGGACGGGAAGGAGGAGCAGGCCGGGGACAGGGACGCGGAUGGCGUCGCGAUCAUAAUCAUGACGACAACAAUGAUUCUGACGCAGAACGGGGAGGACGGAGGGAGGGAAGAGGCAUCGAAGCAUAUUUCACCGGAGCAGGCUCAGAGAAGAAGACUGGGAUGCGCUUGUCGUACGCCGGCUCCGGGUAUCCUCUGACUAUGAUUAUAGCAGAAGAUGCGUCAGGCCCGACGACGACAUGCGAGGUUACAACCUUCGAACCCGAGCCCCAGUUUGAACUCGAUUUUGACAGUUCGUCUACAAUGCUCAAAAUUAUCCUGAAAUCAUCUUGGCUCCGAGACGCGCUGUCGGAGCUUGACCCAUCCUGCGAGAAACUUACCUUCAUAGGAAACCCUCCUACCACCCCAGAACCUCAGAACGCAGCCGCAGAAAACUCACGGCAAAAACAACCUCAACGUCGCGUUCCGCCUCCGCGGCCAAUGCUCCGCAUACAAGCGACAGGAACCUUCGGUAGCACUGAGAUGGAUUACCCCAAUGAUCGAGAGGUGCUGGAGACUUUCGAGUGUGUACAGACAGUCAGCUUCAGCUAUCGGUUUGCACACAUCUCGCGGACAUUACGUGCACUGCAGAGCUCUACGAAGACAUCCUUGAGGAUAGAUGAGAAUGGUCUUCUGAGUUUACAGUUCUUAAUGCCGACACCGAGACCAAGGAACAUAGGCGGGACAACAGAUGCCUUUGUGGAGCUUAGGUGUUCUGCGUUGGAAGAAGAUUUCUGA